GGAGCAGAAUCUAACAGAUUAUCAAAAUUCAUUAAGUAAAAUUCAAGAUCUCAAAAUGCAAAAUUCUAAACUUUUAAAGAAAAAGAAAAUUGAGAUUGAAAAACUGUCAGAUAAUUUUGAAAUUGAAAUUAUAAAAUUGAAAACUGAACUUAAUAAAGCUGGGGAAAAUAUGACACUACUGAAGAAAACAAAUAAAGAGCUUCAAACAACUAAUUUUGACCUUGUUGCCCAAAUAAUCCAACUAAAAGAAGAUAAAAGUAAAUUUCCUGAGGGUCUACCCUGCCCAAUUUUGCCUGUUGUCAUUGAAGAAGAUAUGGACAUUCAUCAACAAAAAAAUAUUACUGUUAAAGUACAUAGUGAUGUUUCAUUCAACCAGUCUAAUAACACUCUUAGUAGUGAGUUAAAAGGAAUGGUUGGUGAUUUUUUACCAUCCCCCAUUUGUGAAAGAGAGCAUCUCAGUGAUUCACCUGAUAGCAACCCAAAAGAAUCUAGAGAUUCUAUGUUGGCUAAUCUUACAAAUUUCAAAGAUAUUUUACAAAGUACUGUAGAAACUGUCAUUGAAAUAAAGAAACAACUUGUUAAUUUUGCUGAUAAAAUGGAAUUAAAAAUUAAAAAGGAUGUGAACUGUGUUUCUUGUUCUGAAUUUCGACUAAGUUUAAUGGCUACUCUGUCACAGUAUAAAGACUGGGUGGAGUUGUUAGUCUGCAAGAAAGCAACUCUAAAUAGCUGGUUAUCACAAAUGAGUAAAAUAUUGACAGACUCAUCAGUAUAUUCACUUGAAGAUCCUUAUGAUAGUAAUACUAAUACAGCAGAACAUGAUGUAGAACUGGCCAAACUGAAAGUCAUCUUUAAAACCAUUGCAAUGCAGGUAUUGGUUUAA